UAACAUUUUUCCUAAUUGAUAUUAAUAGGAUAAUAUUGAGGAGAGGGUAGCCACUUGUGAAGUUAAUACUUACCUUAUGGAUUAUUUUUUUGGUCUCUGAAUGCAGUGCAGUAACAAUUGACUUACGGAAAAUAGAAGGGGGGGGGGAGUGAGGGGAUGAAAUUCCCCAAUUAGGGGGUCGUGGGGAAGACCCCCCCCCCCCCAAUAGAUAGGUUGUUAGGUUAGGUUAGUUCAGAUUUAUUUGGCAUGCAGCGUGGGCCGGUGGAAAUACACAGCAUGGGACGGGACAACAUGGUGGCGGAGGUGGUCCACUAGUACGUGGUCGGUGGUAAUAGGUGGGAGCCAGGCGGUGGCAGCUGCACCUUGGGCAUUGAAAAGUCAAUCAUUUAGUGAUUUCCAGAAAAAAAGUACCAUCUCAUUAAUAAGAAGCAUCAUAUUUUCUUCAGAAAUAAACAGUCGGUCUCAAAAUUAGUAGGCUACCCUCUCUUAAAUAAUACCCCAUUAAUGUUUUAAUCAUCACUUGACAAUUGUUUCUGUUCCAAAUUUCUUGUCUCUGAGGCAUCAACAACUGCAAAAGUGGUGAUAGAUUAUGAACUCACUGGUGGUAAGGGACUUUCACUGGUGAGCCAAGGCAUGGAGACCUCUGAGGUGAACCAGCUGCUAGAGGGACAGACUGCCUUUGCUGAGGAGAAAGAUGGUCACAAAUUAUACCACGUUCUCCCUCGAGUGGAGCAGCAAGAUGCAGAGAGAGGAUUUCGAGUGUUUCACAUCGGCUGCCCUGCUGAGCAGCCCACCAGCACCAGGUGUGUGCUACUGCUGGGGGAGACAGGUGCAGGUAAAACCACCUUUGUUAACGCUGUGCUCAACUAUCUUUUCGGAGUACAGUUCGACGACCCUUUUCGCCUGCAAGUAAAAGAAGAGACAGAAGAUGGACGCAUGGAGACGGAGAGCCAGACAGACCUCAUCACUGCGUAUACCAUUUACUACAAGGAAGGAAUGAAGCACGAGUACAACUUUGUGCUCAUCGACACGCCCGGCCUGGCUGACACGAGAGGGGCACACCAACAGGAAGAUACAAGGUCCCGCUUGGAAGCUUUCCUAACAUCAGAUUUUGGCGUUGAUGAUUUACAUUGUGUCGGUCUUGUUGCCAAAGGUAAUACUAAUAGAGAUUUUGAGUCUCAGAAGUCUGUUCUAAGGGAUAUAAGUUCAUUGUUAGGAAACAAUGUGCCAGAAAUCACUUGUAUUUUUGCAACUUUUGCUGUGGAGAAGCCAUCAGUUGAUGCUGUAGUGAGGAAUGCAGGAGUACCUUUCAAAAGUAUGUUUCACUUUGAUAAUGGUAUCUUCUACUCCCCACAAGUAACAAGCACCUGCUCCCAGAGGCACCACACUAUUUUGGCAUUGAGGUGGGAUAAUAUGAGGGAGCAGUAUGACACUUUCUUCAGUGCCUUGAUCAGUGCACCUUCAGUUAGCAUCAAGAUUCUCAAGGAGAGGAAACUUUUUGAAACAUGUAAGAAAAAUCUAGAAGAACAAAUAGAAAGGUUUGCAACUUCAAUAGCAGCACUUGAUAUAGAUAAAAAAAUCUACAUUAAAUAUGAAUUACAGGAAGCUAGAAAUGAAGGAUGGAAGAAGGAAGAGAGGGUAGAGAAGAUAACUUUUGUACGCCUUGACGAUGGUAUUCAUGCACACAAUUGUGGUGUAUGUAAACAGACCUGUGUUUUUCCCUGCUAUAACAGCAGUGGCAGUGGCCUCUUAGCAGGGCUGGCUGGUGGGGCUGGUGGGACAGCUGCUGGAGCUGUUGUUGCUGAUCUGACAACAAGUGUCAUUUCUGCUGCGGCCACACGGGCUGCCACAGGCAGGGGCAUUGCAGCAUCUGUUGGGAAUAUGGCAGUUCGGACUCUUGGUGGGGCCAUCACAGCCACAGAAGUGGGAGCUGUGGCAGCUGGUGGCACAGCAGCUUGUCUUGUCAUUGGUGGUGUGUUAGGGAUUGCUGCAGGGCUCUUUACUGAGGCCAUGUUUAGCAGUAUGACCAAGUCCUGUGGCAUUGUGGGUGUUAAACGUGUGUGUGGAAGGGACGGUUGCCCUCACCCCUUACCUGAACAUGUCAAGGAGGAAAGAAUGAUAAUCAAAGAAAAUGAGAUAAAGGAGAAUAUCAACAAAGUUAUGAAGGAGCUUUAUGAUGUGGCUGUUUCAAAAAAAAUGGAAGCCAAUGCUAAAAUUAUUAAUGGCCGACAAAAGAUUUUGAGCAGAAGGAGAAUUAUUUCUCACACCACUGUAGAGCUGAUGCAUCAUGCAAAGAAAAUACAGGAAUUAACUUCACAAGAUUUUGAUUACAUUGAGGAAGUAACAGGCCAGAUUAUUAGUAACAUCAGGUCAGGCGAGCCUAAUAUCAUUCCCCAUGCAAUAAAGCAUGUCGAAGGUGUGAGAGAGGCCAUGAGGCGACUGACAUCAUGUACGCCUGAAGAAGUUCUUGGUAGGCAUGAACUUGUAGAGGAGGUGUUGUUGAGGAUCUAUGGGGAACACUGAUUUACAAGUGACUGUUAAUAAGUUCAGGGUAGGCGGUGGCGUAGGUGGUAGCGUACUGGGCCCACAUUCACCGCGUGAUGGACGACGCGGGUUCGAAUCCCCACGCUACCACUCGGAUUUUUCAGUCACCGCCGAGUGGCUUAAAACUACCCACAUGCUGUCCUGAAGACCACCCAUCAACCCGGACUCUAGAGGAAGCCGUCCAAGCGAAUCAAGAACGAGUUCCGGGGGGCAGCAUGAGCCAAUGCAAGAUGGCGCCACUAUAAACACUCGCCUGCGCCAGAACGGGCUGGGCCGACCAUCAGGCCCCACCUGGAAGAAGCCUUGGGCCGACCAUCAGGCCCCACCGGGAAGAUGCCUACCGGCGCAAUAGGCAACAACGUAAAAAAAAAAAAAAUAAAUAAAAAAAAAUAAAAAAUAAACUAUUAAGCACUAUGCUCAGACAACAUGUUUACAUAAUUAUGCAAACUAGCAAGGGGGUUAUGCAAAAUUUACACCAUUAACAAGACCUCACCUCAUAUUACAUGAUUUGUCAUCAGUAACUAUUUUAUUUGAAUAUUUCAAAUCCUACAAAACCUAAUCAUAUGUAUCUAGGCUUAUUCUUUGAUAUCUUCUGUAUUCCCUCCUAAAAUUCCUUCCAAUAUGUUAGUAACAAUAAGAAGGUAUUGAGAAAGCAUCAAGUAGUUAAUGUUCUGAGAGACCAGCCUCCCAAUGAUCAUACAAUACUUGACUUUUUCUUACAUUAGUGGCUGUUUCUUAAGGUGUAGAUGUUUAUUGUUCUGCUGCAUACCUCUUUAGAAAGAAAACAUUAAAAGGUUUAUUUCAGUAUUUAAUGGAAAAUUUCAAUGCUCUCUAUUCACCAAGACUACAGUGUCCAUUUGAGUACAAGGUUAGUGUCUCCAUAUAAAUGAAAGGUAACUAAAUCUAUGGUUAGAAUUCAUGGCUCAUGCAUUUCCAGAAUGAUGUUUAUUAGAUAAUGAAAGCAAUACAAGUGACCAUUAGCAACUACAUGACAAUCAAAGAACCUUUACCUAAACUCCAUGUAGCUAAACAUGCUAUGUAUUUAAGUUUUCAAGUCAAAGUUGUGACCUGAUCAAGUGGUAUGCAUUCUUAGUUUUUGUCACAAAUAAAAGGUAUAUAAUC